GCAAACAUGAACAUAUUUUUUAUUUUAUUUUAAAUAGAAUUGUUAAAUUGACCCAUAGCGAGUUGUCCCGUGGCGAAUUGGCCUGUGGUGAGUUGGCCCCAGCAAGUUGGCUGUGGUAAGUUGUCCCGUUCCCGACAAGAAAUAGGCAAAGGUGUACAAACCCCUAGGAAUUUAGGAGUUUGGAAGUGUGCGAAAGAGAAAGCUUGCUGUACCCGGUAGAGCUGUGCAAAAGAUAAAAGAGUCUACUUCUGUCUUUUGCACAGCUUCUCGGGGGACACCGUGCUAGGAAAAAUUGAGAUGAGGGUGCUGCCUAGAAGGGAAAAAAAAACCCAGCUGCUUUCCUUGCUACUCGUGGCCUCUCUUUGAAGAAGCUGGUGGUGAGGCCCAGAGAAGUUAUAAUAGGAAGAGUCACUGCUACCCUGUAUUGACAGGUGGCCCCAGAUGUAUUUAUUUAUUCAUCACAUUUAUAUAACCACCUAUCUCACAUACAUGACAUAUGAUGCUCUCAGAAGAGGCCCAGAGAUAUUAUCAAGCAAUAAUCUGAGUAGUCACUGCUGUCCUGUACUGGCAGCUGGCCCCAAAUGCCCCCAGAAGUGUAUGUUCCACAGCGAAUGUAUGAGAAGCUGUUGCUGUUUUCAAACCAUGAGCAGGAUAUUUUGUCUUCCAUGAUUAUUUGUUCUGUACCCUGCCUUUCUUCCAGGAACCCAUGGUGGUGGUAUAGAUUCCCAUAUAUGGUAUACUUCCAAAACAGCCCGCUGGAUAGGUUGGUUGAAAGGGAGUUAUUAACCCAUCUUCAUCCAGUUACUUUACAUGGAGUUGAACUUGAACUUCUCUCUCUGGGACAAACAUCUUCACCCCAUGCUUGAUUACCUUUCCUUCCUUUCAGGAAGGUUGUACUUACAUGAGUAUACCCCAUAUUCCUCUCUGCAAUACAGUGGGAAGAAUUAUUCAUUACAACGUGCAUGCUACAAUGAAUAGGAGCCAGCAUGGAUUUAUUGUAAACGCAUCAUUCCAGAUUAUGUUAUUUCCUUCUUUGUUGGAGUUACUAGCAUAGUAAAUCUGGGGAAUUUUGUAGAUAGAUUGUAAUUGGACUCAGCAAAGCCUUGGAUGGAGUGUUGAUUAUAUUCCCUUUCACAAAAUGCUAAAUUAUAAACUAGAUGAUAGACUCGCAAUUGAGUGAACAGCCACACCAAAGAAUGAUCAUUAAUGGCUCCAACUUGGGGGAGGAUUCUACCUAAUGGAGGGCCAGACAACUCUGCGGUUCAACAUUUUUUAUCAGUAGCUGGGUGGGGAUGUUGAAGCAAUAUAGAUAGUCCCUGAUUUACAUAAUGGAGUCUGUCCAUCAUGAUCAUAAGUUGUGAAUCAUUUGAUCAACACAGCGUUACUAUCUUUUUUGUGGCAGUCAUUGAACAUAGCAGUUGUUCAACAAACCCAUGGUUUGCCAUGGAUGCGGUUUUGCAGGAAACUGGAAGUAAAUGCUGGGUUUUGGCAAAACCAUUGUGAAACACAGUCACAUGCAGGAUACUGCAGACAGCCAUAAAUGCGAUCCAGUUGCCAAGCACUGGAAGUUUGGUCACAUGACAAUUGGGGAGUUACCUUCAGAAUUUCAAAUCCAGGCCAUAGCUAGCCCCAAGGUAGCUCCAUUAUAAUUUUGAUCAGUCUCAAAGCAACUGGUAGUAAGUCAAGGGCUACCUGUUUUUAAAAAGUCUGCAGAUGGCCCAAAGCUGAGUGGGACUGCUAAUACUUUAGAUAAAAGACAAGAUUUUAAAAUAUCUAUAGACAAGCUUGAGAAGUGACCUGAAAUGAAUGGGAUGGAAUUUAGCAGGGAAGAUUAUAAAAUUCUGAACUUGGGCAGGAAAAAUAUGAGGCCCGAGUACACGUAGUCCUUGAGUUACGACCACAAUUACACUCAAAUUAUCUGUUACUAAGCAAGACAGUUCUUAAGUGAGCUUUGUCUCAUUUUAUGACUUUUCUUGCCACAGUUGUUAUGUGAAUCAGUGCCUGAUUGUAUGAGCUGUCAACCAACAGAAUAUGAAGUAUCCUUUUGCUAUAGUCUCGAUGCUGUGGUGGCUCCUGCAGCAAUCAGAGGUUGAGUUAGAUCAACCCAGAGCUGAUCUUCUUUAAAGUGUAGUGUAGUGUUCAAUAAACCCCUGCCAAUUCACAUUUCCCUGAUUAUUGUUCUAAUCUUUUCUCACUGGCUGAUAUGACAAGUUGGACUAGUUCCCCACCCGAUUGCCACUGAGAAUGCAAAUAAGUGAUAAGAUGAAUUCACUGCCUUUUCCAUAUGCAGCAUCUAGAACAGAGGUGGGUUUCAGCAGGUUCUGACCAGUUCCGGAGAACCGGUAGCAGAAAUUUUGAGUAGUUCAGAGAACCGGGAGUAAAUAUUCUGACUGGCCCCACCCCCAUCUAUUUUCUGCCUCCCAAGUCCCAGCUGAUUGGGAAGAAAUGGGGAUUUUGCAGUAACCUUCCCCUGGAUACAGUAUCCUUCCCCUGGAGUGGGGUGGGAAUGCUGAUUUUACAGUAUCCUUCCCGUGUCAUGUUCACCAAGCCACAUCCACCAAGCCAUGCCACGCUCACCAAGCCACAUCCACAGAACCGGUAGUAAAAAUAUUUUAAACCCACCACUGAUCUAGAAAGUACGAGUGAGUUGGCAGGAAUGGCUGCAUAUAUGGCUGCAUGUAUAACACUAAACAGGACCAUCUACUAAAUUCACCUUGUCUGAUUUUAAGCUAGAGAUGGGAGAUAAGAAAAAAUACCUUCUCUAACUUAAGGCAAUUGUAGCCCUUGAUCUGAAUGUAAAAGUCCUGUUCAAUCAAUCAUUUGAAACAUCUAGUAAGAUCACUAUGUUCAUGUCUGCUAUCUGGGGAGGUUGACUCAGAAAAAGAGACUUGCACAAUGCAUCUUUUUGGGCAGAUUUGCUGGGUCACUGCUAACAAGCAUCAUAUCUUUCCAUGGUUCACACUUAGUUUUCAAAGCUUCUCCCCAUUAAUAUUAGAAAGAAAGAUGCAGUUUCACAGCAGGAUGGAGAAGAUAGUUUCAUCUGCAUCAUCUGGCUCUUUCCUUUGUGUGGUAUAUUCACCUUUUUUUCCCCCUGGUGAGUAAGUUGAUAAACUGCAGAAGACAAUACCUUGCUUCACCUCUUAAACCUUAAAAAAGGCCUAAAGCUGGGCACUGCUUCCAGGUAAGAAAUAUUGCUUCCCUUACCACAACCCCUUGCAAAGUGAACGAGUUGAGUGAAACAGCAAAUCAAUGGAAUAGUUUCCUUGUUUUACUUUAAUACCAUGCAUGGUCUUUGUAGCUUUUCUAAUAGCAUGCAGGGUGGGAUAGCAAAUUAACAAGUGUGCUUCACCUGCCCAAAAAAUAUCAAAAUCAAUUUCCUUAAUGAAAAAAAAAUUGCUUGCUUCAGCCUCCCCCACCCUCCACCCCCCAAUACGCACACACAAAAGAGAGGCAAUUGCCUUAGCAGGCUGAAGGGGACACAUUUCCUUUGUUUUCCCUGGGUUUGCUAAUUGGUGUGUUUCUUCUUUUCUAACCUGUGGGAGGAAGGAAAUGUUGCCUCUCAUUCAUGCCUGCAAAAAUGGAUUAUAACAGUUGGGUUGGUCAGGAUGCUUCACUUGGAAUUUUAGCCCUAAAAGGAGAUCCCUCAAAAAGUAAGCUUCCUGAACACUGAUAUAUUUAAAGCUAUGUAUGUAGAAAUAGGUAUUUUGUGGUUUCUGUCAUUGUAUCUUUCUUGAAUGCCCCCCCUCCCUUUUUUUCCAUUUCUCUAUUUGUUUCCCCUUCCCUUUCCUCAUAUAAGCAAAUAGUCAGCAAAUAAAAUUAAUGUCUCCUAAAUUCACUAAGUGUCACUGUUGUACCAGAAUUGAAAAUCUCAGUUUCUCUACAACAUAGUGGGACUAGCACUUGAUCAUUUUUUGUAGAACAUUGAAAUGGAGACUGCUGAAAGAUAAAUAUGCUUUUUCUUUUUCUUUUGCCUCUUUCAAUUAUGUAUAAGAAAUAAAUGGAAGGAAUAUAUUUAUAAUCUGUUGUAUUUUUAUACUGCUGUAAUUCCAAGCAACUACCAGUGGAGUUGCAAGUUAAAUUGAUAUAUAAAACAGAUAAAAUUAAGAAUUAAAACCAUGUAGGAAACAUAGUCAUGACCAUACUAUUUCCUCAAUGCCUUAUGGAAUAAUUUCCUGAAAGCCAGCAGCAAGGAUCCCCCACCCUUAGUGCAGGUGCUGCAACCAAGAAACAUUGCCUGUGAGACCCUACCCUCAAAAUCAAUAGAUUUUGACGAGUGUGAAGGAGGAGAGCAGCCCUGAAGCUGCCUAAAGGGAAUUAUAAAUUAAAAUUCCACUGCACUCAGAAAUCUAUUGGCAGUCAGUGAAGUUACUCCAAAAUAGGAUUUAGAUGACUAUAGAAACUCUGCUUCACUGAUACAUGGGCUGCUGCUUUUUGGAUCAAUUUCUGGGUGGUGCUUCAAAGGCAGCCCUAUGGACAACAGGGGAGAGACGUUAUUUUCCUCACUGCUACCAACUGGGACUGUCUGGUUUGGAAAGAAUGGAACCACUGGAGCAUAGUGCCUGCAAUUCCCAACCCUUGCAGGAAGUCCAGAAUAAUACAAUAAUCACUCCCUCCAAUUGAGACCCUUACAAAAGUCAUUGAACCAAAUGUCCAGUGCCGUUUCUUAGUGUCAUUUCUCACUCUUCUUAUUGCCACAAUGGAGGCUUGAACAUGGGCUCCCACCUAAUGUUCACUCAUCUUCCUUUAUUUGUGCUUCAGGUAUCUUCUACAGCUUCAUCUUCUAAAGUUCUUGUAAGCCCAAAAUUAGCCCACAAAUAGAAAGCAAUCAUGAAUUUCCAAAUUCCAGAUACCUGUUCUGUCCCCUCCCACGAGUGGCCUUGCAGAGGCUCAAAUAGCCCGGCAGUAACAAAUGCAGGCUAGAGAGGCUGAAGCUGGCCCUUUAAUAAAUAGUUUUCUUCCAAAGAGUAUAUCAGUCCAAUAGUUACCGGGCAAUGUUCCAAAGCCUUGGCAGACGGCCAGCAGACUAAUGCAGGAAUGCAGACUCUUGUCAAAAAAACUCCAAACUAACAGUUGUAAAUCCACUGCAUCCAAAACGCCAACAAAUUGUUCACCACGCCUUUCCAGCCCAGUCACACCCCUUUUAUACUUUGUAGGGUGUAGCCCUACGUCUCCUAACCACACCUCUUGGGACAUGGCAAUAGUUGUUUCUACGAUGUCUCCUACGUCUCUCUCUUGCAUCCAAUAGGGGCUCCCCCUCAUUGUUCCCGGCCUCUGUUUCCUCCUCAAUUUGGCUGGGAUCCAGAGGCACGUCAGCAACUGUCAGUUCUUGCUGACUCACCAGUGAAGACGGCCCCUCUGGCACAUAGCUCGUGACAGCUUCCUCCUCCUCCAUAUCAUCCUCUGACUCAGCAUGCGAAGAUAAAUCAGCCUCCGGGUUGGGGUCACAACAAUACCUAGCAGAAUUGCUUACCAGUUAGGGAAAAUCCUCAAGUGCCUUUUGAAACCCUCUAGAUUUGUUAGAUGCCUGGGACAUACCAUCCAAAUAAAUCCAUCCACCCCACACAAGGAGUGGCCAGUAAGAAAUCUCAUUUAGUCCAGGAAUUACAGGUAGCCCUGGCAAAAAUGUAGAAAAUUGUGAUCACAUCACAGGAUGUUGCAAAUAAAUGCAAGUUGGUUGCCAAGGACCCAAAAUGCAGUCACAUGACCAUGAGAUAUAUGUGCCACUGCUGGAACUCCAGAACUAGGACGGAAGUUCCUUUGGGAAGGGGGAGUUGCUAUAACUUUGGUCACUAAGUAACUUAUCAUUAAGCAAGGACUAUCUGUAUGUGACAAUCAAAAGGACUUCGUCUAAUGUCCUCCCAUACCCAGAUCACACACCACAACCAUUCCAAAGUAAGCUCAAGGUCUAGCAUGCAUCAAUUUUUGUGUCUCAGACUAAAUAUUACAUUAUUAACGGUCAAAGGAAAUUGGUGCUAGAUAAGAGUCAAUGGAAUUCAAGGUGGGCUGGACUUAGAUCUCUUGUGGGUGCGAAGAAACUCAAGACUAAUAACACAUUUGACCCCUCUCUCGGGCUUAGCCUGGUCAUCUCUUACAGAUAGUCAUGACAGUUAUGAACUCCGGGUCCCUUCCUAGAACCUGUCUCUAGGUGCAAAGACUGAAUUACUCUAGUACUAGUUACGGAUUUUCUUUUUACAGUGACAAAGAAGAAAACCAGAGUAAUGGACCCCAUCAUGAUCGAACCAGCAUUUAUAACCCAUGCAAUUUAGUUGAUGGAGUUUACUGCCUCCCAAUAGGACACUGGAUUGAGGUUUCUGGGCAUACAGAUGAAAUGAAACAUACAACUGAUUUCUAUUUUAAUAUUGCUGGACAUCAAGCUAUUCACUGCUCCAGGAUUUUGCCAAAUCUGUGGUUAGGAAGUUGCCCUCGUCAAGUGGAACAUGUGACUGUCAAACUUAAACAUGAGUUGGGCAUUACAGCCAUAAUGAACUUCCAGACUGAAUGGGAUGUGGUUCAGAAUUCCUGGGGAUGCAACCGCUAUCCAGAACCAAUGAGCCCAGAAGUUCUCAUGAAGUUGUACAAAGAAGAAGGUCUUGCUUAUGUCUGGAUGCCAACACCAGACAUGAGCACUGAAGGAAGAGUCCAGAUGCUGCCUCAGGCUGUCCAUCUCCUGCACGGGCUUCUGGAGAAUGGCCACACUGUCUACGUUCACUGUAACGCAGGUGUUGGUAGGUCCACCGCUGCAAUUUGUGGCUGGUUAAAAUAUGUACUGGGAUGGAAUUUGAGAAAAGUGCAGUACUUUGUAGCCUCCAGAAGAGCAGCCAUCUACAUUGAUGAAGAAGCACUGGUCCGUGCCGAGGAGGAUUUCUUCCAGAAAUUUGGGCCGCUCCGUUCCUCAUUCAAGCCUUAGCAGCAGCAGCAGCAGAAGAAGAAGAAAUUGCUAGCAGCAUAGUCAGGGUCAAACUUCUCAGAAAUCAUGACCUUAACUCCAAAAAUGCUACCAUUGCCUGAGGAAAUAGUAAGAUGAAAAUGUGAGUGAAUGUGCGUGUAGCAGUCAGGAUACGUAAAGAUUAUGUAGCAGUUUUAGAGAAGGAGAAUUCACAUUGAUCACUGGCACAUUUAUUACUAUUUGAGAGGAGGACUAAUUCUAAUUUGCCCACCCAUUCAUGCCUCAGCGCUUGGCAUAGCCUGAGUUAGGUAGCCAAGUAGGGUCAGGCCCUCUUAGUACUUUGAUGAAAGACCUCUGGGGAAUAUGGUAAGAAGGUGGUAGCCCACCAUUUCCAUACUGCUGCCAAGGAAACAACAAGGACUGCCUGAAGUCAAGUUCAUGUUACUGCCUUUCCCAAGCAUUAUUGUUAUUUAUUUAUUUUUUUAGACAGAGCUGCACAUAUGCAUAUGCAAACACAACCCUGGGUGCUAGACUAGAAAAGAAACUGCAGGUUUAGUCCCUGUGCGUGGAUUAUCUGGUUAUGGCUAAGCGUAUGAAACUUGGUAAACGUCUUAGCCCAGACAGCAGAUUUGAUAGAGAUAUGCAAAGCCUCCAAUGUAGAUUUUAGAAUCUAGAUUUGUUAAUCUAGAUUUGCUAUAAGCCUUAUCUUGGCUAACCUUGGAAGCUGGGCAUGAUAGGAGUUGUAGUACAACAGUUGUGUAAAGGAAAAGAAACAACCUUGUCAUACUUCACAGCGUGGGAGGAGAGCUAUGAUAAUCCAAAAAUCAGAAGGGUUUUGGUACUACAUUUUCCAUUUAACAAAUUUUAUUAAAAGGUAUAAGAUUUGGCAAGUUGAAUUAUGUUUUACAUUUUUUAAUAGGGAACUUGUAAUCUGUCUUGCGUGUAUCUUCUAUCUGCAUACUUAACCUGUCUUCCCCUCUCUUCCCUCCUCUGACCUCAUCCCAAUUUAAAUCCUGCAUCAGUUUAGCCUCUCUGUGCAUUUGAUGAAGUGAGCUGCAACUCAUGUGAGCUUAUGCCCUUUAAUAAAAUUUAUUUGUCAGAAAACUCCUUCUGAUUCACAGUAGAAGCUGUCACUAAAUAAUAAAUCAUAAAUGGUUUUUCUCAUAUAUCCAUAUGUACAGGUUUGAGACCUCCUAUAGGCCUAACCAAACACCUUGGUUUAUCAUUUAUCAAUCACUUGUUCUGGUUGCUUGAAGUUAGACUUAUCCAGGCAGCCCUUCCCGAAUGUCUAUCUACUGUAGUUAGUCAGUAUAUGUUGCUUCUUAAUUUUGGUAUUUUCCAAGCUGCCAGAAUUUAGUCAUAUACUAAAGUAGGUUAUGGAUGGAGAAUCUUCAAUACUAUAAUGUUAAAGGUGUUGGUGUCAGUGCAAUAAACUAUUGUAAUCCAGAUAACAAAUUAAGUAUGUGCAGGAUCAAAGGCUAUGCAUGGUUUAAAACAGAUGAUUAUUAAUGAAUGUGAAUAAUUAAAUGGAAAAUAGUUCAACUCGGACAGAGUUAUCUAUGGGCAUUGUGCAACAAUCUUGAUAAAUCUGUGAAAUUUCAACUGGAAUAAUUUCCAGUUGCUACCAUUAUAUCUGGAAGACUGCUUAUUUGCCCAUAAUCACUUUACAGAGAAGAUGGCAUAAAAAAUUAAUAAAGAAAUAGUGCAGCUGGGAGGAAAAUCUAGAAGCAUUACAGGGUUUAAUAAAUAUGUAUGAUAGCUUGUAGAAGGACAAUUCUUCUAUAUAAAUAUUUUUUGUUUAUUAACUAUCCAUGCAUUGGUUUGUUUAAAAAUAUAUAUUUUAUUCUUUAUUUUUUCUUAAAAUCAUCUUGUAUGCAAAAAUAGCACUGAGUAUGUUUUUAGCUGCAUAUUUGACUUUAUUUCUGAAUUUGGAUGUUGGAUGUGCCAUUAAAUAUUUGAAACACACAA